UCGACCCCAGAACUUUCCACAUUCUGAGACCAAUCAGACGCCACGUGACCUCUAUAUACGGAAUGAAUGUGAGGAGUAUGAUUCUACAAAUAGAGAAAAACACAAGGAAGAAGUCUUGCAACUUCUGCAAGGGAUUGCAGUCCCAGAAGUAAUUAUGGCUAGAGGAAAAGCAGCUCUGAAGGUUUUUAAUGAGGAGUUGGAAGAUGGAAAAAUCACAGUAAACCACGCACGAUUAAUGGUGACUGGAAAGGAGGGCGUUGGAAAAACGUGUUUAGUAAACACUCUGCUUGAAAAACCAUUUAAUGAAGCAGAACCAUCAACCGAUGGAAUUGUUUUGACUACUGCUUUCCAAACUACUGAUGUUGGUUGUAAGUGGAAAGAAACUGAGGACAUGGACGAGUGUGAACGGAUUAAGCUGAUAUAUGAUAAUGAAUUAGAAGGUAGAGUUGCUGAGAAAUUAAAACUGAAAGGUAAUCAAACAGAGGGAGUUGAAUCGACACCUCAACCAGCACUAGAACCAGCACCUCAACCAGAACCUUCACCUCUACCAGCAGCAGAACCGGCACUUCAACCAGCACCAGAAUCGGCACCUCAACCAGCACCUCUACCAGCACCAGAACCAGCACCUGAACCAGCACCUCUACCAGCACCAGCACACAUGCCUAAAAAAACGAGAACCCAGAAAUUAAUUAGGCGUGUGUUCUCUUCAUUCAGCAAAAAAAGGAGAAAAGGAAAAUCAUCUAUCACACUAGAGUAUGAUGUGAUGUCAGGACCAAUAAAAACAGAACUCAAAGAAGUAUCAAGCCAAGCACUUCCAUCUGAAAUUCAGGAAAGACUUGUUGAUAGAAUUACUGGAAAGACCUCACAGGCCAUUGAUAACAAAGAUAUGACUUACAUCUGGGACUUUGCUGGCCAGCAGCUGUACUACAUCACACAUCGAAUAUUCUUAACAAGCGAAGCAGUGUAUGUGAUUUUGUUCAAUUUGCUGGAAAGUAUGUACGACAAAGGGAAGAAAAGAAUCUAUAAGGGGGACAAAAAUGUGAUGACAUACGAUAUGACAAAUAUACAGAUCAUCAAAUACUGGAUGAGGUUGAUAUUUACGUACGCUGUCCCAGUUGAGUCCCAACAGCAGCAGCUACAAGCCAAGCAACCUCAAAUUGCAGUAGUUGGUACCCACUGUGAGAGCCUACCUGGGACCGAUAAAGACAAGAACAAGAAGAUUGAAGAACAGUUUGCAGUAAUAUUUGAAGAAAUCAAAGGCACUCCGUAUGAAUGUCACGUGGUGAGGAAAAUGUAUGCCAUCGACAACAAGUUUCCAACGCAAAGCAAAAUGCUGACAACACUUAAACAAGAUGUUGGUGAAUUUCUGAAAGCAAUGCCCAAAACCAUCCCACUGAAAUGGCUUGAAUUCCAGCAUAUUUUGCAGGAGAAUGGUAGGACAGAAGUGCGAAUGAGUUAUUCUAAGGUCUGUGAAGUCGCCACUAGCUGUGGAAUUUCCGUGAAGAAUCUGAUCCACACCCUCAACUACCUACAUGAUCUUGGAAUCAUUUUGUACUUUGAGAACAACAAACUACUGAAGGACACAGUGAUAACAAACCCACGGAAGCUGAUUGACAUCUUCAGGAAAAUCAUAACAGUGGUGGAUCCUGAUGACAUUGAUAAGUGGGCUUCAAUGAUCAAGCUGUGGAAUAAACUUGAUAAUGAAGGUAUACUGGAGGAAGAGUUAGUCAGACAUCUUUGGAGAGAUGAGAUUAGCAAAGAUGAAUCUAGCAUUGAGGUCUACUUGGAGUUGAUGAAGCAGUUUGGACUGCUCUGCGAGCAGAUCAAGCAUCAGGCAAGCAAAUAUCGCUCGUUUUUCGUACCCUGUCGAUUGAAACGUAGCAAGGACAAUGUGUCUAUUGAACCGGACACAGCUCAGAUGGUAUCUAUCUACGUGGCCUCCGAGGAUUUCAUCCCUGAUAGUGUCUUCCAUCCUCUAGUUGUGAGCUUGAUUGGAAUGGUACAAGACAUGGGCUACACAGCCAUGCUGGAAUUAUUUAGCAACUAUGCAGACAUCAGCCUAGGACUUGAACACACUCUCAGCUUAGGACCAGUAGUCAUUAAUAACAAGCCCUCAUUGAAGCUGGAAAUAUCACGAACGCCUAUCAUUCACGAGGACAAUACCAAGACAUCAACAGGUGAACCCAGUCCUAGAAUCUGUAUGCAGGUGUUAGAGUUUCUGAAGAAAGAGAUGGAAGUGCUGACAUCUGGAAUGAAGCACACACGUUAUAAGUUCCGUGUGCUGUGCUGGACAGGUUUGCGAGAAAUGCACUUCCACGAUUUGGAAGAGUGCCUUGAAAAUGUCUAUAUCCGAUGCUCUAAGAAAUUAGUAACCACUGCCAAACUACAGAGGAUGUUCAAGAAUAAGCAACUAGUGACAGAUUCUUCAAUGCCAGCAGCAGGUUCCAGCGAUUCUGAAACAGCGCCACCAGAUGAACGUCUUGGUUAUCUUGAAGACAAGCACCUGCUUCGUAUCGCAGAGGGCAUGGGAAUGGAGUGGAAACAACUGGGCGUCAGACUGGGUCUCAGUUGGAACAGGAUCCAACAAAUAUGGAGUGAUAAGAGACGAUUGCCAGAGAGCAUAAUGGAUAUGCUGACAGAAUGGAGGAAACAACAAAACUACGAGAAAAAUCAAGUUGAGAUUAUGUGCAGAGCUUUGAAGGAACAAGGACUCACAGAGCUUGCCAACAAAAUCUUUGGCUCUCAAUUGUCAGAGGUUAAAGAAGCCAAUGCAAUUGCAGGUGAAGAUACGAGAGAAUACGAUGGAUUCUUGGCAGACAUUGAUAUGCAAUUUAUUGCCAAGGAGCUUGGCAAGAACUGGAAAUCCUUUGGAAGCAUCAUUGGUCUGAUGGAACCUGAAAUAGAAAGAAUUGAACUGGACUUUUCACCACCAACUGUGGAUGCAAGUCUGGAAAUGCUAGUCAAGUGGCGAGAAAGGCAAAAAGCUGGAGUUAACCACCUUGGAAAGAUGUGUGAUGCAUUGGAAGAACUUGGAAAGGCAGCUGUUGCUGAAGCACUCCAGAAAUACUACUAGGGAACUUAAUUAUAAUGCAAGAAGAACAUUUGUAGAUACACAUUGGUACCAACAAUUUCAAAAGACGGUUACACAGUGGUUAGGCCAGGGGCUAGCUGUUCCCCCGCUCCCUUUAGGAAGAGCAAAACCUCAACCACUGCCAUUAUGACUAGCGGCGUAACAAAGGGAUCGGAGGCUGCUGGGUAGGGGCCCUUUAGGAGCCCACAAGCUAGGGGCGGGGGGAAGUGAAGAGCGUUCUUAGUUAGCGUUCUAUGACAUAUUUUAAUGCCUGUUUACACAUUCAAAUUCUAAGUUUAUAUAUCGUGAUUUGACACAUAAAGCAUACUUAAUUUAAACUAAUAAUCACUAAUAAACAUAUCUGUAUCUCCACAGACUUUGGCUUGAAAAAGGGCUUUGGUUAUUCAUUUGUUAAAAAAAAUAUAUUGGAAUUUGCUGGGGGCCCUUGAAGCUCCGGGGCCCCUGGCUUUAGCCAGUGAGAGCUCAUAGCCGUUACGCCACUGAUUAUGACACUCAAUAAAGUAAAUGCCACAGUGCACGUAUCCUAGGGCAAUAAUAUGGUAUUAAGA